AGAGCGAGCAACCUGAAACUGACAGUGCUCCAGUACGUGCCAUUACCCUCCCUCCUGCUAGUGCUAGUGCUUGAUGAUGAUAAGCUUCAGAAAGCUGGUUUCAAUGGCGAGAAAGUGGAGGAAGAUGGCGGGGAUAGGGCGGAGGAGGAUCUCGCUGCCGAAACAGGCCGGCAUGAGGGUGGCGGACAAGGGCCAUUUCGUGGUGUACUCCGCCGAGAGACGGCGGUUCGUGGUGCCGCUGGCGUACCUGAGCAGCCACAUUUUCCGGGAGCUGCUGAAGAUGUCGGAAGAAGAGUUCGGGCUGCCGAGGGACGGUCCCAUCACCCUGCCAUGUGACACGGCGUCGCUUGACUACGUUUUGUCGGUGCUUCAAGGGAACGUUUCCGCGGAGAUUGAGAAGGCGGUGCUGGUGGUGCUGGCGCCUCCUACUCCGAGCCUUUGCUCGGCCGCUGUUUCUAGUUACUUUGGGGCGGGCCUUGCCCAUUGCCAAAUGCCAAAUGCCCGUCCAUGCCUUCUAAUUCUAAGUUCUAAUUAACUCAUUAAUUAUUAAUCUGGAUAUUUUUGUGUUCAUAAAUCUCUCCAUUUUGUUGCUGAGAAGGCAAUGUAUUGUAUAUAUGAAGGUAAUUUUUUGAAUUAUAUAUUCUAUUUUUAUUGA